CCAGCCAUUUUAUCUUAAUUUUGUCACAGCUUCACGUUCAUAGAUGUAGAGUAAUACAGGAAUCAGCCAAGAAAAUUAGACAAUUUUAAGUCAGUGUCCACCGCAACGGAGGCUGUUACAGGUCGCCCUAAGAAACGAUACGCGAAGAAAAGAAAAAAAAAAAGAAUAUACCAGUGAGAAACUCUUCAGACAUGCUUCAUAAAAUGCUACACAAACGAUUGUUCCUGGUCGUGACUGCUGUAAACAUUGUUUCGUUUAGUGAAGAGAAAGCCAUUCAGGACUGGAAUUUCAAGUUUGAUAUCACGAACGGUGCUUCGAAGACCUCGAAUCAACUUGUUAACGAAGAUUCAAAUUACAAAGAUAAUCGAAUUAGUGGAAUAAAUAACGACCCAGUGGACCAUGAAAAUUGUAGUGACAAGAAUUGCAGCGAGAAAGGGAAAGAAAAUGCUCGUUCGUGUCCUUACGAAAGCAAAGAAUUGUGCUUGAUAUUUUCUUUAUCGAAAAUUGCUAAAGUUCAGAUAGCCUCGUUGAGUGAAGUUGCGGCGGGCCGUAGUAUAGAGCCGGACACUAGAAGUGAUAAACAUUCGAACGUUGCCGAACGAAGGAAAGGAAUUUAUCUGGAUCGUCCGAAAGAACGUGAGAAUGAAAAUCCUCAACGGACGAGCUCGUCGAGCGUUCAGUGUCGAGCGGUCCGGGAUGUUUACAUACCGGAAGUCAAGCAACACCUGCCAGCCUUCGCUUGUCAAUUUGGGAAUAACACGUUCAUCUUGUCGAGCGCCAGAUUCCUUCAAGAUCGACGAUCACGUUUGGAGAUAAACGUGAACGAAGAUACAUUUAAGAGCAUUAAAUCGACUCCAAAAGUAUCAAGAAGCAACCAGUUGAACGUGAUACCCGCUCUGCUUGUUCUGAACACCGCCAAUAACGAUUAUAGGAUAGAAAUGCAGGGAAACAUUUCUAACGACCAACGAAAGGAAGGAAACUGAUAAGAUUGAAUCAUAUUUGUAGAAAGUUCAAAUACCCGGUGGUAACUUUGACUUGCUUAUCUUUCGCUUGGUAAACAAAUAUCUAUAUUAAAUAUUGUAAUUACAUUUGCAUUGGCUUUUGUAAUAAUUAAUAACGACAUAAACUACUUUUAUACAAUUAA